AUGGCAGAAACCCUGUGCUGGCAAGAGGAGAGUUUGCAGAGGAGCCCGUGCGUGGCUGUGAGAGGCGAAGGGCAUCUCCGUGGGCUCUCACCUCUGCGCUUUGCCUGCCCCGCUGCUCCCAGCCCCGUCUCCCCGCCGGCCCACGGCGUGGUUUGGAGGUCGGACGAGGGUUCCGUGGGACAUGCCAUCACCAAGGCCACGAGGAGGGCACCCCCGUUUCAGGUGGUUUGUGGCCAAGAGGAACCAGGAGAAGGUGCAGAGCGACGUGAACCCAAGACCCGGGAGAGAGCCCAAGUGCAGAAGAUGAGAGGGCUGCUCUCCCCAAAGUCCCUGUUAAUCCCGACCUUACUGCAGAACAUGACCCUCCUGGAGCUGGUGAGCAGCUCACGGGAGUUAUGGGAUAUCCUGGAUAACCUGUCUGAGCAGGACCACGCUCCACACCCCAGAGGACAGAGGGACUUGGGGCCAGCCUCAGGCAAGCUUAAAAAGAUUUUUGGCUGGGGAGAUUUCUAUUCCAAUAUCAAGACAGUGAAGUUGAACCUCUUGAUCACCGGAAAGGUGGUUGAUCACGGCAACGGCACCGUCAACGUCUUCUUCCGACACAACUCUACUGGGCAAGGGAACAUCUCCGUCAGCCUCGUCCCCCCCACCAAGGCAGUGGAGUUUGACCUGGAGCAACAGAUCUUCAUUGAGGCCAAAGAAUCCAAAAUCUUCAACUGCCGUGUGGAGUAUGAGAAAGUGGAUCGUGCCAAGAAGACCACGCUCUGCACUUACGACCCGUCUAAGACCUGCUACCACGAGCACACCCAGAGUCACGUCUCCUGGGUCUGCUCGAAGCCCUUCAAAGUCAUCUGCAUCUACAUCACCUUCUACAGCAUAGACUACAGGCUGGUGCAGAAAGUGUGUCCCGACUACAACUAUCACAGCGACGUACCCUACUACCCCUCGGGAUGAUGCGCUCUGCUCACCGUAGGAUGCCCCGGUGACAAGCGGGUGCUGGGGGGGCGGGGGGAGGGAUGGGGACGGUUUUGUAAGUGGGG